UAAAACACUAAAAUGUCAUGUGGAGGCAAUUCCGUCUUCUACGUAUUUGGCUGCUUAUUCCUGCUCACGGCCCUAAUACUAGACGUUAUAGGCGUGGCUGCGCCAUAUUGGAUUUAUGGUGAGACCAGUGAGGGGAAUUACAAUUGUGGUCUCUGGAAAUUUUGUUAUUCUUCAACACUCAUCAAAUCAAGUAGAUGUUCUGAGUAUCCGGAUGUUGAAGAUUGGGUUAAAGCAGUUCGAGCAUUUGGGUUGCUAGGGAUUUUCACGUCGGCCAUUGCUCUUGUUUCUGCCAUCCUAAAGAUACGUUUAAAUGACAGAGUGUUGGUGUUGAUCAUGGCAAUCAUCUUCUCCUUUAUAAGCGCUGUGUGCAACAUUGUGUCCAUUGCAGUUUUUGCAGAAAAAUACCACGAAUGGGGGAAAAACAUUUUUUUCAAAUUCAGUUUUGCCUUUGCUUUCUGUGCAGUUUCCAUCGUUCUCUCGGCUAUUGCUGGGAUUUGUAUGAUCAUCGACAUAGCAAAGAGAUCUUCCUACACGUCAAUUGUUGGGCGCUGAGAAAAAACGUGAAUUGAAGUCUGCUUUAGUUAAAAGAAGAACUCAAUUAUCAUUAUA